GAGCGAACACUGUCAUGGCGCCGCGCACCACCGCCAGCCAAGCGGUACCUUCAACUACUCCCUCGCGGUGUGUGACGCGCUCUUCGCGAUUUUUCUACUGAAUUUUAUCGGAAUCGUGGCGCGCGCGAACGUGCUCCGCGAGUGUCGAACGAUUUGCCCGCUCCAGAACUAUCGGCUGCUUUUGAAACGCAUCGCCUUGAUGUUCGGAGGCGCGCGCGAUUAUCCGCCGCGACCGAUUCGUUGCACGAACGUUGUGUCGCAGUCGUGACUUCGCGGCCUUAUCGGAAGGAACAGCAACGCCGCGAUCUUUUUUCCGUCAGACGAAACCAAGAGAUUCUUGGAAGGACAACACGAGGCGAGGAAACAGAGUGCGCUAACUCGGCCAACGGUUCGCGAACUGUGCUGCGAACGGUGUGCAAGUCAAGUACGACGUUAGCGUCGAGUUAUCAGUGUCGGUGUCGAAGCCAGAGGGAAACAAUUUUUUAGUCUGUGUCUAUCGUGAGAACGCCUCGUAUCGACCUCGAAUCUCUGAAUCGAAGGUCGGAGGUCUGGCGGUGUCCUAUUCGUCGCUAAGCCGGCGCGAACACGGUGCGGUCGAGUUUCGCGACUGACGAAAGGAGCGAAUGUCGUCGAAGAUCGACCAAAGUUCGUGAACCGUGAGGUGAAUCGAUGGUGCACGCGAAUUCGUGACACGAUCAGUUCAUUGGGUGGUAGCACGUACGAUGUCGCGGCGCGAUGCAUCACGUGACUAAGAACGGACCGUAAAAGAAGGACAGACAAAACGAACGGUGGAAAGAAGGAGCGGAAGAGGCAAAGGAUACAUUCUGGUGAGGACCUUGACGGGUCCUGACCAGGCCGUCAAGAACGUGGAAAAUAGGCGGAGGUGGCUGCCGCGAAUGGAUCGCGUUACCAUCGGUCGAAUCUCUCAGUGACGAAACAAUCUAUCGAGAGUAACAAUGUCCUAGCGAAGGCAGGAGUUCGUCUAGACCGACCCCCUCGCCCUAUUCCGUUUCAUCCAAAAGAACCUUAAAACCCGUUUCGCCUUAUGAUCCCCGGACACCGUUCUCCGACUGGUUUGCGAAUCGACGCACGACCACCUAGAAAAUCGUCCUUCUACGCACAUACACAACGAUCACCCCGUAGAAACACACGUGCGCAAGUACCGUGCACUACCUACGAGGUCUCGUUCUAGGGACACGCGUACUCGCUUGCACGACACGCACGUACGGUCAAAAACCUGCACGCGUUUUCUCCGUCCUCUUUCCCUCUGAUCCAUCGCAACUUCUCUGACGCGAAUGUGCGUUUACACAGCCACGUCGAUGCCAGAAAGGAACGCGCUCUCCCACACGCGUCCCCGCCUUAGCCGUUAACCUCUAUAGCAGCGUACACCUAGAAACAACCACGCGCGCGGUUGUGUCCCUCCGACACACACAUACGCCAACCCCCGACGUAUACUCGAAGAGACGCGUACAGAGACAGGCACGAGCUUCCUGAAUCCAGCCAAGUCCAAAAUCCUUAAUCCCGUGGGGUGAUCCUGGCCCCACCCGUACGCCAAGGAACCACACCCCGGCGAGAGAAGAAACUCAGGAUACAGACUUAUCGGGUUCGUGGUGAUGAUAGCGGCACGCUGUGGGGGCUAAGGUGGCUGUCGCGGCGGCUGAAGAAGUGGCGAGGUUGGUGAAAAUUGGCGCCGGGAGCGGUCAAUCCGGGCAGCGGUAGUGGUGGCGGAACGGCAGGGAUACUAUGGGAGCGGGGGUAUGGGGGGCGGAGGAGGGCUACAAGCCACGGACCUCCGGCGAAGGCUCGAGUCCCGGUUUUCAGGAAGCGCUUGUCCCCAAAGACCUCGUUCCUUAAGACACGAUGGCUCCCAAGCAUCCGAGGGGAGCACCCGUGACCAGGAAGAAAGAGUUGACUUGCAAGCGGCUCUCGCUUCCGGUCAACCCACGUGUACGGGUUCCCGGCCGUGCAGACGACAGGCGAACGAGGGGAAUGAACAAGAGAAAGGUUCGAGGUGCUCGAACGGCGGAUCGGGCGUAAUCGGAAAGCUACGGCUCUCCGUUGCAAGACCUAUCAACACAGCUGAAAAGGAGGAAGGAGUCAAUGGGAAAAGGCAUCGGUUUCGAUGGUGUCGCAGGGAUAUCCGAUGGAUCGCGGAUGUGGCAACGAGGACCCUGCUCCUCGGUAUCGUGCUUUUCGUCACGCCAGGUCUCUGCCACCAGGACGCGGUGCACAUUACGGCAAUCCUGGGGGAGAGCGUUGUCUUCAACUGUCACGUAGAGUUCCCCGGUGAGCACCCAGUGCCCUACGUUCUCCAAUGGGAGAAGAAGGUAGGCGAUACGGGGCAGGAGAUACCAAUAUACAUAUGGUACGAGUCGUAUCCGACCCACAGUGGCGAAGGUUACGAAGGUCGAGUCUCGAGAGUUUCGCCGAAUUCACCGUAUGGCGUGGCGAGCCUCAACUUGACUGACAUCCGCGAGAGCGAUCAAGGAUGGUACGAGUGCAAGGUCGUCUUCCUCAAUAGGUCGCCUAACAGUCACAAGAACGGUACCUGGUUCCACCUGGAUGUCCACGUUCCAAGAGUAUCACGGGAGGAUAAAAACGAUUGGUUCGUUUUCGUAGCGCCACCAAAAUUUAGCAUCACGCCAGAGGAGAUGAUCUACGUGAACGUGGGCGACGCGAUAAUAUUGAACUGCCAAGCGGAGGGUACGCCGACACCGGAGAUUCUCUGGUACAAGGACGCGAACCCAGUCGAGCCGUCGACCACCAUCGGAAUAUUCAACGACGGCACUGAGCUCAGAAUCUCGACGAUCAAGAACGAGGACAUCGGGGAUUACACGUGCAUCGCGCGAAAUGGGGAGGGUCAAAUCAGUCACACAGCCCGCGUUAUAAUCGCUGGCGGAGCGGUGAUCACCGUGCCACCAACGAACCAGACCAAGCUGGAGGGCGAAAAAGUUCAGUUUUCCUGCGAGGCGAAAGCUCUGCCCGGCAACGUUACUGUACGUUGGUUCCGCGAGGGAGCUCCGGUAACGGAACUCUCGGCGUUGGACACCAGAGUAUCGAUCAAACCGGACGGCAGUCUCGUGAUCAAUCCCGUUAGCGCCGACGACUCUGGUCAGUAUCUGUGCGAGGUGACAAACGGCAUCGGCGACCCGCAAAGCGCCAGCGCUUACCUCAACGUAGAAUAUCCAGCGAAGGUCACGUUCACUCCCACGGUGCAAUACUUGCCGUUUCGACUGGCUGGUGUAGUCCAAUGUUACAUAAAAGCCAAUCCUACCCUUCAGUACGUCACGUGGACAAAGGACAAACGAUUGCUCGAGCCUUAUCAAACGAAGGAUAUCGUCGUAAUGAACAAUGGCUCCCUGCUCUUUACACGAGUCAAUGAGAAUCAUCAAGGUCGAUACACCUGUACGCCUUACAAUGCGCAGGGCACACAGGGAAGUUCUGGGCCGAUGGAGGUCCUCGUGCGAAAUCCACCCGUCUUCACUCUCGAACCAGAACCCAUCUAUCAGAAGAAGGUCGGCGAAACGGUGGAGAUGCACUGCGACGCUCAGGAAGCCGAGGGCACGCAGAAGCCCACGAUACAGUGGCACAGGAGGGAUGGCGCGUCUAUUCAACGCAACCGGGCCAAAAUCGUCGGUGGCAAUUUAACAAUCGAGAGCCUUCGACGCGCGGACUUUGGCUUCUACCAAUGCGUCGCGUCGAACGAGGUGGCAACCAUAUCAGCCUCCACGCAGUUGAUCGUUGAAGGCACGCAACCCCACGCACCGUACAACGUAUCCGGGACUGCGACCGAGUUCGCGGUCUCGUUGACUUGGCUGCCGGGAUACUCUGGAGGACCUGAUUACAAACAGGAUUAUACUAUCUGGUACAGAGAAUCUGGUACGUCGGAAUGGAAAACAAUUCCAGUAACUCCGUCUGGAAGCACGACGGUAACGAUCAACAGCCUAACGCCAGGUACGCUGUACGAAUUCCAAGUGAUUGGGAAGAACGCUCUGGGCGAUGGGAUGCUGAGCAAACUCAUUACCAUCAGGACACUUGACAUCUUAGAUCAUAAUACUCUCAUAUUACCGACCGAUUCUACCGGCAACCCAGUGUUCCCGCCAAUCAUGCGCCCGAAAGGACCAAAGCCAGGUCCUCCCAAAAAUCUCACGGUGACGGAGGUCAGUAACGGUUUCCUGAUAUCCUGGGAAGCCCCUGUGGAACGUAAUCAUCUCAUUCAAUACUACACCAUCAAGUAUAAGACGGACGGACCCUGGAAAACGCUCAACAAGGGACAGAUACGACCCGAAGAAACCAGCUAUUUGGUGAAGAAUCUGGUCGGUGGUAGAACCUAUUAUUUCCAAGUGUUCGCCAACUCGGCGACCAAUUACGGCGCCAGCGAGCAGGUAAAAUUCCCGGUGCCGGCUCGAGUGAAGCACAAGGCGAUCACCGCGGGCGUCGUUGGCGGUAUACUUUUCUUCAUCGUUGCGAUCAUCCUCAGCAUAUGCGCGGUGAAGAUUUGCAAUAAACGGAAAAGACGAAAACAGGAGAAAGAACUGCUUUCAGCGUAUAGUAUGGUGGCCUGCCGGGUUACCGACGCCAGGAACGGCGCAGGGCAAGGGCCCCAGGGAACAGUGCCUUUGAAAAAACCUAGAAAAAGCCGAGUACCAGGUCUAAAUCUCCUGCGGGAGAUUCUGAACCCGGAUACACCGGACUCGUGCCGCGGCCGACCGCUGGGUAAAAUCUCACGCGCGGCCGACGGCCGCUUCGUGGUAGCAGACUCGGUCCUCAGCUCGGCGAACAACAGCAUCCUGGACGCUUCGAGCAGCGACGACGGUGGAUUCCUGCCGAAGCAGCGACUCAAAUCGUCCUGGCGGCGACCGCUCGUCGGCACCAGUCAACUCAGCCUCAGGUCCGAUGGUAGCGGCGUCUCCAUCGGAGGGUUACCGCCGUCUAUUCAUCAUCACGGAACGGUGAACUCGUUAGCUAGAAUAGCGCCAGCAAUCUGCACGAUCUCGUCACCCAGAUUCUUGGCCAGUUCACCGAGCGGGCCGCAAGUCCCCUGGACGCCUUUAUACUUCAGCGAUCUCAGUUCUGUCAGGCAACCAUCGUCCGGAGAACGUUCCUUUCCGACGCCGCCCGAUUAUCUUCAGCUUCGUAGCGUGCACCAGCGAUACAGCCAGGAGCUUCCCUCUUUGAAGGCGAUCCACGCCGAGUCUAGGAGGUUCGUACCCGUUCAACCGUUGGCGACCUCUUCACCGCCUCAAUCUGCUGGUAGAUCGAGAGCGAGGCUGCCUCCUCGACACGCGAGACACGCGAGGUCUGCCCCGGAGCUGGCAGCGUCCCCAGACUUGGAGACAUCGCCGGAGAGUAGGUCUAGCAGCUCGGGCUUCGGCAGUAAAAACACCUCGCAACAGAAUCAGAGCUCGAGGAGCGGUAGUACAGUGGCCGAGUGGAGACCACCGCCUUACAGACCACCGCCGCCACCCCUGGUUGGCCGAUGGUUGGAGCUUCAGGAUCAAGCGAAAGUCGAGCACACGCACAUCCAAAAUGCCGUGGACGCUGGCAGCGUCGAUGGACAUUACGAGUUCGAUCCUGUCUCGUGUACGCCGACCCCUACAUCCGCCUCCACUCCGACCAGGGAAGAGAGGCCACCGGUGCAUCAGAUUCACACUAUUCACGUGCCACACAUUCACCAGGUGCAUACGAUUCAUCAUCAGACGCCGAGGUACAGCAGGGACAACAUCGAGGCUAGAGUGCAAGCGAUGAAGGCCGAGUUCCAUCAGUUUCGACAGCGGCAAGCGAGGAGAAGACAGAGCGCGCAUCUCGAAAGCGCCUGUUGACGGCACUGUUCACUAGUAACUAAGCUGCAUUCGUUGGAUUUCCAUAUAGUUCCAUCAUCGGAUAUCUGCUCCGAUUCGUUGCUUCUUCGUCUCUUUCGUGGUCAAUGGGAAACGAGAAGAACGCGUAACGAGAGACAGAACGCUCUGCGAACGAAGCAAAUUCGCAAAUCAAGACAUCUCGAGAACAUCGGAAGAGAAAAGAACGGAAGAACAAUCUCGAAGGCCGCGGGCGAGCGAUGAAGCGGACGAAUCCCAGCAAAUCCCUGCUGUGACGAAAGUUAUGCAAACGCGAUUCCAAGCGGACGUCGCCGUGAUUAUCAUCGGAGACCAACUGUUAAAGCACAACGAGGAUCAUCGUACGCGAUUCAAAUAGGCAACUUCAAGUCAAUUCUACCAGCUGGGCAACCAUCUCUACAAAAAAAAAGGCUGUUACAAACGUCAGCUCAGGAUACAUAAAUUUCACCAAUGCGAACAACUAACGUAGUAGAACUGUACGUUAAGAAGUUACACAUCGUCCGAGUCCGAUCGUUGCUGAUUUAAGGAAAAACGCGACGUACGAGACGAGUUCUCGUACCCCCUUCUCUCGUCCGACAGUCAAGGAAUGUCACAAGGAGGAUCGACGACGUUCCAGAGGAUCCAGCGACGGAAGACGAAAGACGGUUCGAGCAGGCGGGGACGAUUCGAGUUCGACGAUCGUUAUUGGUCAUAUCCCGCGUGUACUAACGACGCCUACGUCCAAUUCGGACGACCGCGAUUUUUAGCGUUACUAAUAUUAUCGAGUAAAGAGAAAAUCAGGCGGAUGAGUUUCUUAGCGAAUGGAAGUGCGAGGAAGAAGCCGGAGGACGUUAGGCCGAGAACAACUCGGUAGAGAACCGAUUCCGUUCGAACCGAUAACUAAAUGUUCCCGCCCGAGGAAUUAAGCAAAACGAUUGGCACGGAACGUGAAAUCGGAUUUCAGGGGAAGAGAAAUACCGAUAAGACGAGAGACGGCAUGAUACUCCAAAGAAACUACACCGUGCUCCGUAUAUCUUUUAAAACGACACGUAAGAGUAACUUUAAUCGUACACUGUAAGUAAUAAUUAAAGAAAAACAAAAAAAAAAUGAAGCAAAAAAAAUGAAAGCGAAUGCGAUGCAACUAAAAAAAGAAGAUAAGAAAACACACAAGUAAGAUAAUCGAAGAAUUACCACACACGUAUUACAUACAUACAUACAUACAUACAUACAUACAUACAUACAUACAUACACACACACACACACACACACACACACACACACACACACACACACACACACACACACACACACACACACACACACGAGAAUCUAAGAAAAAAAAUAAAUUAAAAAGUUAAUUAUAUCGAUGAGCAAUGGACUCGAAAAGUGAUAUUAGGCCGAAGCUUGCCUGGAAAUUGCUUAAGGACUCACUCGUACUGCACUGCCUGUUUAGGGUUUCGCUAGCGACCCAACAUAUUAUCGGCACAAUAAUUUUUCUUAAGUAAAGUAAACGAGAAUAAGUAACGUUCUUUGAAUCUAGCCACGGUCUUGACGGCCACGGAGUUUGCGAACACGCGCGUGCACGCAUUCCGAAACAUCGAGAACUGCUCGCCGCCUUUUUCUCUCGCCCACCCUCGUCGCGAGCCCAUUUUGCUCGGGUCGAGACUUUCGGCACGAACUUUUGCCAUGCGAAGGCUAUUCCUUCACGAACUGCCAGCGAACGACGACAAUGGGACCGGCGACUAUUUCCCCUCUGUCCGUUCCUUCCAACGGGAAUGCGUUCGCGGCAAGAGCUCCUGUGACUGACAAACCAAUAUACAUACGAAAGGAGAUCGCGAAUCGUGCACUCGCGUGGAAGCAUCGCCGUUGGAUGCCGUGAUCCGUGCGUUAGAGACAAAAGAAUUACACACGCGUACACACUCUUAUCGACAGUACAAGACACACUGGCGACACAUUCGCACAUACACGCGUGCACGUGCAAAUACACACACACACACACACACGCGUGCGCGUACACGAAGAGAGAGAGGACGAGCGAAUGACGAACGAGCGAGUGCUGUACGAAUGAUAUCAGACACGCGGCACACGUGCACACACGAAAAGCGUUCUUCGAGACCUACCUAAUUCUCACCAAACGCAUUGUAUUAAAUCAUCUCGAGUCGAGGACGAAGCUCGUGGACGGCCCACAGAGUGUUCGAGGAUGCAAAUACGGGCUAACUUCGAUCGAGUAGAACGCGACCUAAACGAAUGAGAAAGAUGUUAACGUAUUCACCCGCGAUACUUUACACGAUAAUUACAACGUGUUACUUCGAUUUAAUCGAAAGCCGCUUCUAACUUCUGUUUCCUCUUCUUUGGUUUCUACCUCCUCUCUUGUUAAAUUUUCUUGAUUACUUUCCGUUCAACUGCACACUACGUGCGAACACAGAGCAAAGCAACAGCUGCGACUGCGGAGCAAUCGAAUACUCUCGGGCCGCGGCGCCGCGCGAUUUCCCCUCGACGUCUCAGCAUUUUACUUUUUUUUAUAGUACAAAACAUUUAUUUAUACGUGCGUGUUAUAAAUACCUAUAUUAUAUAAAUAUAAUAGCAAGGGCUCUACUCACGAUUCAACUAUACUUCGACGAAAAGCCGUAUAGCCGACAAGUGCAAACGACGACGCGGACGCUGUCGAGGCAGGACGCUCUGUAUAAUCUCCGUUAAGAUGUAACUGAAUGAGUGCGGCGUGAGAUGAGUGCUACAUUAUGCGAUAGAGUGCGGGAUAGAAGAGAAGAGUGUAUCUGUUUGAGUGUAUGAGCGUGCGUGAGAAAGAGAAGGAAAGAAAGAGUGCGGAAUAAACGAACAAGAGAAGCGUAUAAGAUGGAAACAAAGAAAGAACGGAGGUGACGCUAAAGAGUACCAAUAUUCUAAAGUAAUUCUAAUGAUUGAAUUAAUAAUUUGAUAAUUAAUUGAUAUUGUACAUCGUAAACGACGUAGCGUGUAGCGUAUUAAUCAACGAGAACGACGAACGCAGCGACGAUUAAUUCGUUAAAUUAAUUACUAUUACUCGGGAUCGAAGCGACAGCGAGGAGAAGCUCGAGGAGCAUGCAUGAUCGGGCCACGCCGCGAUUUUUGAACUAUCGUUGCUGUUGUAUCAUAAUAAAAUCGGAUGUUAGAGGCGUGUCCCGAUCAAGCCGUAUGGUUCCCUGGUAGCAAAGAGUGGCGCACUGUGCACGCGGUACCGGUGAUCGAUAACGAGGACGCACUCUCAGCCGAACGAAAGGAACCGAGCAAUCAAUCGGUAAUCUUUUUGUACGUCGAACGGCCAUGAUCGAUUUAAAUCAUCCGUUGUUCCUUUCGCAGAUCGAAGAGUCGAACUCGGCGAGAUGACGCGGUACCGCGUAGAAAGCCGAAAGAGCAAAUGUCUAGGCACAGGGAGAGGAUCGGACCGUGGGUCGACGUUUUAACCGAUCUUCCUUUACCCGUGUGGCCCUUUGCCUGUUUAAACGGUCGAGCAAAGAGAAAAUACGGCGAGCGAAAGAAGAGAAAAACCAACCAAUCGAUAUAGACAUAUAAGUAACGUGUAGAUAUAUCAUAGUUAGAUACAACGAUCUCAAGAAUACGCGCAGAGUGUCGACGAUCGCGAUAAAUCGAAAAGACGAGAGAACGAGACGGGGUGCCUUCGACGAACGGAGGUGCCGCCGCUAAAAUUUCAGUGUAAUCGUGCGGCAACAAUAGGUGGCAAUGCCACGAAUAUCGUCUAAAAGAGUCUGAGAUUUAGCAAGGAAUAUAUAUGUACGUGUGCAUGUAUAUAGAGAACGAGACAAAGGAUACGACAUAGAACGGGAGAAAGGAUUAAUGGUUUGGCGCGAUCGCGUGUUAAAUGAAUAAUAUGGUUGAAUCGUGAAUUCGUUCGUGUAACGUUCGUCAUCAACAUUCAUUAUCGAUAGCUUCGUUUUGCGUUUGUUCUUUUUGUUCCUGAAAAAAAGAACCGCUGUCCUCAUCUUCUUCCUCUUCUGCAUCUUCAUCGUAUUCAUCUUUCUACUUCCCUAUCUCCUUUCACUUUUCUACUUCUCAUAUCUACGUAUUUCCAUUUCUUGCUCUCCGUCUACCUCGAGUCAUCGUCAUGGCUUUCUUUUCGUUUGCGAUUUAUCUUAGUCGCGUUAUUUAUUUAGAGUUCGAGCGAGUAUGAACUUACCGCCGGAUGUGAAUGAAAUUAAUUUAGGUAUUCGCUCUUUACGUACCUGAAAGCCAUCUGGCAUAGCAUAUUUUUCAGAGUCGCGAGUGAAAUUUUCAUCCCUCGGAGCAGAACGUUUGCGAAUCCACCACGUGCAACAGCUAAUAGAAAGAUAUUCGUCGCGGUCGAGCUAGAGAUCGCGCGAGAUUGGAUCGAUCGGUUAGCAACUACGUUCAAAACGAUCGCGUGUAUUUACUUUCAUACUACGUACUAUGUUUCUCUGCGUUGCGAUAACGUAAAAUCGUAAAAUAUUUCGGAAAGUCGAGCCGUCGAAUCGCGCGCGUAGACGGCAGGCUAGCAAAAUGGCCAAAGAGACUCGAGGUCUCUACGAUCGCGUACGUUUAGAGUUUACAGCGUCAGCGUCGCGCUACUAUUAUACAAUGGCUCUCGGGUACUAUUUUUCACCGGUAUUACGAUCUUCUCAUUUCCAUCACGGUAUUCCGCAUUCUUUCGAAUAAUCGACGCGAGUUUUCCUUCGAUCGAUAAAAACCGCAACGAAUCGUGAACAAAAUUUAAUGAUCAAGAGAGAGAAAGAAAGAGACGAACGUAGAAGGGACGGCGUCCUAGCGACGCUGCGCCGGUAGCAAGCGAUCCGUUUUUCAAAAUAAACGAUCGUCGCAGUUCCAGGUACGACGAGAGUUUUCGAGUGUUCAAAGUCUAUCGGCAUCGAGCACACCGACGAUUUCUAGGGCAACGUCCAACCGUUCGUUCAACCAUACCCGUUGUUUUUUUUUUUUUUUCGUUUUACAAAAAGUCACCCUUUGAUUUCCGUUCGUGGCAGCGUUCUUCAAUCGCCGGAUAUGCAUCCGCGCGCGUGCAUCGAAUAUAAUCUUCUUAUCGUAACGUUCUUCUGUAUCGUCUGUCUUCGCUACGUUCGCUUAUAUAUAUCGUCCGUUUUCUUGUUGCACGCGCGACUUCCAACCGAGCAACAAAAUGAAAGAAGUAAAUAAAAGAAAAGGAGAGAAAUGAGAACGAAUAGAAACGAACGAGAGGCGCGUUUUCGUUAGUCACCUUCGCGAGUGCUCGCUUUCACCUCCAUUUUCCACCGUUUUAUUGAUUGACCUAUGCUUUCUCGCGAACCUCCCCCCACGAAAACUCCAAGACGUACUAACCUAGGACAAAUUGUAGACAAUUUAUUAUCAAAUAAAAGUGAAAAAUAAAGCGACAUUUGAAAGGAAAAAAGAA